GUCGGUUCACUCAGAACAAGGUAAAGUAAAAGCAACCUUCAAGAUCCCGUAGCAGAAUCUCCUGCAGCGUUUCUAGCCAUGCCUGCGUUGCCCUCUUCGCUGAUGCUUCCUCCAGCCUCGCUGUCUUCGGACCUUUCCAGCUGGCAGGCACAAUCGGGAUUCACCGCCUUCGCCUCCACGCCAGAUCUGAUCUAUCCUCAUCCGUCCAUUCCAACACCCACCUCGCGCUCCCACAUCAUCACCACCAAUAGUUAACCCGCAACCACCUCGACACCACUCAUUGGACCGCCCCAGCUCAUUCGCCUGGAGCUGCCCCAGCAAUCGCCACCCUUGCGCACGUCGCGCAACCUCUGAGCGACGACGUCAGUCAUGGAUCCAAACAGCCUCCAAGGCCAGAAGCUCCGUCAACAGCAGCCUCCUCCACCACGCCGCUACGAUGGCAUGGACGGCAACCCGCUUUACGAUACUUCCAAUGGCGGACACUACGGUAUAACUCGCGAAAUCGCACUCCACCUCGAGCGUAGAAUCGCCGCCCAAGGACAUGCGCCCGACCCCCAGACCUUCACGGGCCCGUGGCAGAACGUGAAUCAAGGAUUGGCGGGACAGUAUCGCGAUAUUCUGAACACAUACUGGCAGCACCAGAUCGUGCGGCUAGAGCAGGAUGAUCACGACUACAAGCUUCACCAGCUGCCUCUGGCACGGAUCAAGAAGGUCAUGAAGGCAGACCCGGAAGUCAAGAUGAUCUCUGCCGAAGCUCCCAUUCUCUUCGCCAAGGGUUGCGACAUCUUCAUCACCGAACUGACGAUGCGCGCAUGGAUUCACGCCGAGGAAAACAAGCGAAGGACCCUUCAGCGCUCCGACAUUGCGAACGCCCUAGCCAAAUCCGAUAUGUUCGACUUCCUCAUCGACAUUGUCCCGCGCGAGGACGCGCAUCCACACAAGAGCCGGGGCGCUCAGAGCAAUGCCGUACAAUCGUCUGCUGCCGCUGUCACGGGCGCCAUUCCCGGCGGCGUGCCCCAGCACCAGAUGGGUCAUCCCGACUACAUGGGCGCACAUCUCGGCCAGCAGGACGAUUUCCGCCAACCAGGGCUCUAUGGGCCCCCUGGACAGAGUGAUGCCAAUGUUUAUGGGCAGCAGAUAUUUGACCCGACGGUGUACUCGGCAUACGGGCAAAUUCCGCAGCAGCAGCCCAUGUAUCCCGUCGGCCAGCGAGGACCCGAUCCUACGGGCGGCCCGGACCCCAACCAGUACCGACCGCAUGAUGCUGAAGGCGAUGCUGAUGCGGAAGGUGAGAGAGAAGAUUAUGGCCCCUAAUUGAGCUCUGACUCUUCUCCCGCACAAUCUCCUUUUGACCCUUCGUCUAUCUGCAGCUUGAUUCGUAGAUGAUGCCCAGCGUUGUCUGAACCUCUGGAGGAACGCCUUGACGUUAACUGAACAUCAGGUCCGUUCCCAGGUUUCUGAAGCAACUCCACUUGGCGAUGGCGCGGUGUGUUGAUCAGUUGGAGAACUUUUCUCAAUGAAGAAGAAUCGGAGGAGUAGCACGGGGAAUGGCGAAUUCUUUAUAGGCCGGUUGGCGUUCUCUUGGGUGGGAGCUACAGACGGAGGCUUUCGGACCAUCGGCCUGGUGUUUACGGAUGUGUAUUCUCAUCAAUGUUGAUUAUCAGUGUGCUCCCACGGGUUCAUGCCAUGGCUCGGCCGCGGAUGGAGUUCUGCCACAGCAAAUGAAUGGAUCUAGUAUCAACUACCACUACCUCUGUACUUCCC